UACACAUAUCACAUUAACCCUUUAACGUCCAACGUGAAACAUAAAAACAUUGAAACAUGCGUUCUUUUAUCGCGAUUUUUAUUCUAUGAAUUUUUUUAGAGGACUUUUCUCACUCAGAACGUCUUCUUUGACCCCUUAUGCGUGAAUUUGAUGCAUUCGUAACAUGGAAAAACAAUUACAUUCAUAAAUAAUUGAAAAAAUAAAAUGUUUCACGUUUGGGUCAGCGUAUGACCCAAAAAACCUUAAAGGGUUAAAGUUCUACAUAAGUGUAGCAGUGUGUUCACCAAGAAGUUAACAUUUUUUUUAAUGUUAAGAAAAAGCUCAAUAACCCGCUAUAUAUUGCAAAUUGCCAAUAUUGUGAAAUUCAGAGCCUAAAAAUUUGCCAUCUCAUGCAUCUCCAAACGAUUCAGUAUAGUGAUUUUAUGUAAAGUUCCACCAUACCGUGUGUAACCUUGAGUCGGUUAAAGCUUUUUUUUUCAACUGUGUCUGUUUCAAACAUAAAUCUAUAAGAGUGUUCGGCUCAAAUGAGAGGAAAUACUGUGAUUAUUUUGUCCAUAAAAAUGUCUAUAUACAAAAUUGCGCGUAUUAUGCCAUGAAAGUGAAUUUUCUGUGUGAAUAUAUAAAAUUGUUGUUUGCUAAUCAUUUUUAUCAGUUCAGCAAAUGAUACAACGCCGUCACUGAAAUUUAUUGAAGAUUACACCAGGGUAUGCAAGAAAUGAAUGUCAUAGUGUAAAUAAGUGAAAAACGAACGUUAUGUAAACGAUUGUGUGUGAAAUAAGUGGGACAAAAAAACACGACAGAGUUUAAAAUCUAAAAGUACAACCUGUGAACUAUCAUUAACACUAAAAAUUUUAUUAAGGAACUACCAUAAAAACUUUUUUUUUGUUAUUAACUGGAUACGUUAAUAAAAGCCCCGUGUUCUUAUGUACAUUAAUAAACUUCAAUCAUGGAAGCUGCUCAGAGAACAUUACAACCAAAUCCGCGUGAAAAAGCCAAUGUAGUGUCAGUUCUAACAUUUUGGUGGACUGUGGAACUUUUUAAAACAGGCUACCGCAAAGUCCUUGACCUAGGGGAUCUAUUUCGGCCUCUCAACGAGGACAGAUCCGAAGCUCUUGGUGAUCGUCUAGAAUUAAAAUGGAGAGAGCAACUGAAAAAAUCAAGUGACGAUCCAUCUCUGAUAAAAGCCGUGGCAUUGACUUUCUGGCGGGAAUAUGGUUUAAUGGCACUACUUGUGAUUGUAAAUGAGACGGCUGUUCGACUCGGACAACCUCUUCUACUUGGACGUUUACUUUUGUACUUCAGGCAUGAUAGCGAUAUGACGCACAAGGAAGCACUCCUAUGCGCCGGAGGAAUUGUAGGACUAAGCUUAUUUUAUACCAUUACUGUUAAUCAAUACAUAUUUGAUGCCUUCUACUACGGGAUGAGAGUGAGAGUGGCAAUGUGCAGUAUAAUUUACCGAAAAGCUCUAAAGCUCUCCAGAACAGCACUUGGUGAUACAGCACCGGGAAAAGUAGUGAAUCUCCUAUCAAAUGACGUUAAUCGCUUUGAUUUGGUAUCAGUGUUCAUACACAUGAUGUGGGCAUCACCACUGAUUGCGCUCGUUGUAGGAUACUUGCUGUGGCUCGAGGUAGGCUGGGCUGGAUUCGUAGGAAUAUUGGUCGUCUUCACUGUUGUCCCUUUACAAUCCUACACAGGAAAACUGUCAUCAAGAUUCCGUCUACAGGCAGCUCUUCGAACGGAUGAGAGAGUACGGUUUAUGGAUGAAAUAAUUUCGGGGGUGCAGGUGAUUAAGAUGUAUGCCUGGGAAGCACCUUUCGCAAAGUUAAUAACAGUCGCGCGUAAAUUGGAGCUCAAAAUCAUCCGGAGGAGUGCCUUUGUGAGAGCCAUUUACAUGACUUUCCUGCUCUUCACCACACGCAUGGCCCUCUUUUGCACAAUGCUAACAAUGGUCCUCAUGGAUCAUGAAAUAACCGCAGCAAAAGUCUUUGUCAUCAUGGCCUAUUUCAAUAUUCUCGCCUACACAAUGUCUCAGAUGUUUGUGCGCGGCGUGGCGGAAAUUGCUGAAGUUCUUGUAGCCCUGAAGCGUUUACGGAAAUUCCUGAUGUACGAGGAACGCGAUGAACCCAAUAGGAAGCAAAGGAUUGUAAAGGAUAUGAAGAACGGAGGACCGCCUGAUAUUGCUAGGAUCCACAGCAGCUACGACGAUCCAAGCAGAAAGUAUUUAGUUUCACUGAAGAAUGCAACAGCCAAGUGGCAGAUGCCCGAAAGGCCAGUAGAUAAGAAGAGUAGUUCACAAAAAGAAAAAGAAGCCUCAGAGGGAUAUUCAGGAGGAAGUGUUGAAUUCAUUGCUCCAACGCUCGAUAAUAUUUGCCUUGAGUGCAAAAAGGGAAGUCUCAUUGGGAUUGUAGGCCCAGUUGGUGCUGGAAAGUCAUCCCUUCUGCAAGUUAUCCUCAAAGAACUUCCAUUAGAAAGUGGAUCCAUGCAGACGCAUGGAAGUCUAUCGUACGCUGGACAGGAGCCUUGGGUAUUUGCAGCUUCAAUUAGACAAAAUAUCCUUUUUGGUGAAGAUUUCCAUAAAGAACGAUACGAAGCGGUAAUCAAGGCAUGUGCCCUUAAUCACGACCUCGAACAAUUCCCAAAUGGUGAUCAGACCAUCAUUGGGGAACGUGGAGCUUCACUCUCCGGUGGCCAAAGGGCGAGAGUGAGCUUAGCCAGAGCAGUUUAUCGUCGGGCUGAUAUUUACCUUUUCGACGAUCCUCUCAGUGCUGUUGAUGCUCACGUUGGACGACACUUAUUUGAUCAAGUUAUCGGCCCAAAAGGACGCUUGAGUUCAAAUAGGAUCACCCGCAUUCUAGUUACACAUCAAGUACAUUUUCUUAAAGACGCAGACUGGUUAGUUGUACUCAAAGAUGGCCAAAUUGAAAUUCAAGGACCACCACUUGACGUCUUCCACAGUGGAAUUGAUUUUGCUAAACUCCUCAAUGCUGACGAUGAUGAUGCUGAAGAUGGAAAGUCUGAAAAACCAAAAUUCAGAAGACAGCAAUCAACUUCUUCCUCAAGAUCUCAGUCAUCAAGAAAUUCCUUGAGUUCCGAAGAUGAACUUGACGACAUGAUCGAUGAGAAGAAGGAAAAAGAGAAUCAACCGGCAAUGGUUGCUCUCGAGGGUACUUCCAAAGGAACGGUUAAGGGACCAAUUUUUAUCAACUACCUCAAAGCAGGUGGCAAUUGGGCGGUGUUGGCAAUCAUGUUUGUCCUCUUCCUCAUCACACAAUUCAUGGCCAGCGGAUUUGAUUGGUUCAUUGCCUACUGGACUUCUCAGGAAGAACUCCGAGAUCUCUACAAUGUAACACUCGACGCCCAGGAAUUCAUCCUCACCAAUAAAACCCUUCAAAUUGUCGACUCAGAAGUUCCCUACCUUCUGAGUACAGAAACCUGCCUCUACAUUGCAGGUGGUAUGGUGAUCUCCCUCUUCUUAUUCGGACUGAUAAGAUCUCUCGGUUUCUACUCAAUGUGCAUCAAGGCAUCUCAGCGACUUCAUGAUGGAAUGUUUAAUGGAAUCAUAUCAACAACAAUGCGCUUCUUUGAUACGAAUCCAUCAGGGAGAAUUCUCAAUCGUUUCUCCAAAGAUCUCGGCGCAACAGAUGAGCAGCUACCUAAGGCUAUUCUAGAUGCUACACAAAUUAUUUUGAAUAUGUUUGGAUCGAUAAUUGUCGCCACGACUGUUAAUCCACUAUUUUUAGCACCUAUUGCUGGACUCACAGUGAUCUUCCUCUUUAUUAGAAAGGUCUAUUUGAGGACCUCAAAGAACAUCAAACGUCUUGAUGGUAUCACUCGAUCACCUGUUUUCACGCAUCUCGGAGCCUCCCUUAUGGGACUUCCAACGAUCAGAGCCUUUGGAGCGCAGGAGAUCCUCGUCAAAGAAUUCGAUGCACUCCAAGAUACUCACACAGCCUCCUGGUACAUGUUCAUCGGAUCCAGUGGAGCUUUUGGCUACGUCAUGGACCUCUUGUGUGUGGCCUUUAUAUUUUUCGUCACAUUCAGCUUCCUCCUCAUAGAUACAGAUGCAAUGGGUGAUCAAGUAGGUUUGGCUAUCUCUCAAGCCAUGGCCCUCACAGGAUUCCUUCAGUGGGGAAUUCGACAAAGUGCUGAGGUAGCCAAUCAAUUGAUGUCCGUUGAGAGAGUUAUGGAAUACCGAGAUUUAGUGUCUGAGAAGCAACCAGAGAAGCCACAGGAAGUGUCUGCCGAAUGGCCAGAAACUGGAAAACUUGAAAUGAAGGAUGUUCGGUAUCGGUACUUCAAGGAAGCCGAUCCUGUGCUCAAAGGUGUGAACCUUUCGAUCAAAGCCAAAGAGAAGAUUGGAAUUGUGGGACGAACAGGUGCUGGAAAAUCAUCCCUCAUCGGUACUCUCUUCCGACUUGCUGAAGUUGAGGGUGAUAUUGAAAUUGAUGGGGUGAAGACAGACAAAAUAGCUCUACAGAAAUUACGCUCCAAAGUCUCAAUCAUCCCUCAAGAUCCAGUUCUUUUCUCAGGAACUCUCAGAAGGAAUUUGGAUCCAUUUGAGGAAUACAAAGAUGCUGCUCUUUGGCAAUCUCUUGAGGAAGUGGAACUAAAGGACAUUGCCAGUGGACCUCUGGCUUUGCAAGCUGAAGUCCUCGCCGGUGGUAGUAACUACAGUGUCGGACAACGACAACUGAUUUGCCUGGCCAGAGCCAUUUUACGUAAUAAUAAAAUUCUAGUCCUGGACGAAGCUACCGCCAAUGUCGAUCCAAAUACCGACGCCCUAAUUCAACAGACAAUAAGAACGCGCUUUGCUGACUGCACCGUUCUCACGGUGGCUCAUCGUCUUCAUACAAUCAUGGACUCUGAUCGAGUCCUUGUAAUGAGUGAUGGACUUGUAGGUGAAUUCGAUGCGCCGCAUCUUCUCCUACAGCGCCCAAAGGGUCUCCUCCGUGAAAUGGUGAACUCCACUGGACCACAAGAAUCUGAACGUCUCAUGAAAAUAGCUAAGGAUGCCUUCGAAUCAAAUUUCAAGGAAUAUUUGUAAUGAUUUCACAGAGAGACUAUCCGCUUGUGCCUUAAAUACCUAUACCGGAAGUAUUUAGGAAUUUAUUAUGUCUGACGAAUAUAUUUACAAAUCAGACAUCAGGGACUUUAGAUUUAAUUUGUUAAGAAUAAAAUGUAAUUUGGAUCUGUUUAUUACACAUUCUUUACCUAUAAUAAAUUUAUUAAAAUAAUGAAAAGAAA